AGCCGAGAGGGGCCGGCGCAGCGCGCCGCCACCCGCCGCCCCCCUGGACGGGGCUGGCCCCGCGCUCCAGGCCGCGCUCACCGGGACCCUCGCCUCGCCCCGGAGCCAGCACCGGGGGAAGGGGGGGACGCUGCCGGACACCGCUGCGGAAAGAACCAUCAUGCAAAGUGGAAGGAAAACCGAAACUGCUCUUUUAGCAAAAAAAUAUUGGCUUUCAGCCCCUUUCAUAUGUUUUCAUUUUACUUCGUAAUGGGAGGAGCACGAUUCUGUGAAUCAUUGAGGCAAAAUUUGGGCAUCAUUGGCUGAAGAUAAGGUGAAAGAAGACUUGAAAAUGUGUCAAUACUCUAUGACUAUUAAUUCAGACAAACCUUUCACAAAGGGAAUAGUGGUUAAAAGCCCCACAGUCUCAUCUAAAGGAGCUAAUGAAGGAUUUCUCUUCAUUUUUUCUUUCUUCCCUUUCUCCCAUGAGUCUAAAAAGAGAAAGAUGGAAAGAGUGUAUAUAGAAAUCGAAAUAAGAAGAAGGCUGAAGAAAGUAGCUUCAGUUUUUAAGUGUGUUUUCCAAGUGCUGUAAAUUCCCUAAAUAAUCAAAUUCAACCCAUUGUUUUGAAUAAAUUAUAUCUUUUUGUGAUCAGUGAAGGUUUUUUUUUUUUUUUUUUUUUGGUCAGCUCUAGGAGUGGAAUUUGACCUGAUUGAAAGUAUUAACACAGAAAACGUAUGGCUCUGAUUCCUGUUUUCAAAUCAAAGUUUACAAGUUAUCAAAGAAUAGUGUUUUGGUUUCUUUCAGUUUCUGACUGUGUAUUGUCAACCUGCAUUUUGUAUGUUUAUCUCGGAGACUUUACUUUCUCCCUAUUUUAGUGUUUAUACUGUAGUGUUGUAUUUGAGAAAAAUGUGAACAGACAAGGCACCUGAGAUUUAACUUCUCAACAGCCUCGCUAUUUCAAUGUUGUAGCUCAAAUUACAAGUAAUCUGAGUAUCUGUUAGAAUGUGCAGUAAACACUAAGUCUUUUCUUCGAAGAAAAAAAUGCCUUAAGAUGCUCAUGCUUGUGCUAACUGGAUCAAAGCUUGAUAUCUGAACAUUGUGUUUUGUUAGGAAGUGCAUGCCUGGGGAAGAGGAGCUGCCUAAUGGAUCAUGGCUCUGAUGCUUACAGGGCAUACCUUAUUUCUAGCAUUAAUGAUGUUUGCUGUCUUCACUUUUGAAGAAUCUGUAAGCAAUUACUCUGAUUGGGUGACUUUCAUGGAAAAUGUAGGUCAAUAUGAGAAACAGAAACUUGAAGAUCUUGGUGCUGACCAGAAGCUGAAAAAAACAGUUCUUCAUCCAAGUUUGUAUUUCGAUGCUGAAGAUGUCCAUGCACUGAGGCAGAAAGCUCACACAAGCCACUCACAUCUAUUUAGAACUAUCAGAAGUGCAGUGAUAGUUAUGCUAUCCAACCCAUUAUACUACCUACCUCCACCCAAGCAUGUUGAUUUUGCUGCAAAGUGGAAUGAGGUUUAUGGUAACAAUUUGCCACCACUAGCAUUUUAUUGUUUGCUGUGCCCUGAAGAUAAAGCUGCAUUUGAUUUUGCCCUAGAAUAUAUGGACAGAAUGGCUGGUUACAAAAACUGGUUGGUGGAGAGUGCACCUGGUGAUGAAGUGCCACUGGGACACUCCCUAACUGGAUUUGCCACUGCUUACGACUUCUUGUAUAAUUCACUGGAAAAUGUGAGAAGACAAAAAUACCUGGAGAAGAUACGGUCUGCAAGUGAGGAAAUGUAUGAGUACUCAAAGGUUCGUUCCUGGGGAAAGCAGCUUCUCCAUAAUCACCAGGCAACCAAUAUGCUUGCUUUGCUCACUGGAGCUUUAGUUACGGGGGUGGACGAUGGAUCUCAGGCAAAUAUUUGGAAACACACAGUUGUUGAUGUGAUGGAGAAAACAAUGUUUCUGCUCAAUCAUAUUGUAGAUGGGUCUCUGGAUGAGGGAGUAGCUUAUGGGAGUUACACAGCUAAGUCCAUAACCCAGUACGUUUUCCUGGCCCAGCGUCAUUUUGGUAUUAAUAACUUGGAAAAUAAUUGGCUCAAAAUGCACUUUUGGUUUUACUAUGCCACCCUAUUACCAGGCUUUCAAAGGACUGUGGGCAUAGCAGAUUCUAAUUACAACUGGUUUUAUGGUCCUGAGAGCCAACUGGUUUUCUUGGAUAAGUUUAUCAUGAAGAAUGGAGCUGGCAACUGGUUGGCACAGCAAAUUAGAAAACACAGACCCAAAGAUGGACCAAUGGUGCCAUCCACCGCACAGAGGUGGAGCACAUUGCACACCGAGUUUAUAUGGUAUGCUGCUGAAAUCACUCCUCAACCACCUCCUGACUACGGCACUGCUAAAUUGCAUGUGUUUCCUAACUGGGGAGUUGUUACUUAUGGGGCUGGAUUGCCAAACAGCCAGACAAACACCUUUGUGUCCUUCAAGUCUGGAAAACUCGGUGGACGUGCUGUCUAUGAUAUUGUCCACUUUCAACCAUAUGCCUGGAUUGAUGGGUGGAGAAGUUUCAAUCCGGGACAUGAACAUCCUGAUCAGAACUCUUUCACUUUUGCUCCCAAUGGACAGGUGUUUGUAUCUGAGGCUCUCUAUGGACCUAAACUCAGCCACCUGAACAAUGUCUUGGUGUUUGCCCCAUCUCCUACUAGCCAGUGCAACCAGCCUUGGGAGGGACAGCUUGGUGAGUGUGCCCAGUGGCUGAAGUGGAUUGGUCAUGAGGUUGGAGACUCAACUGGAGAAAUUAUAACAGCCUCCCAGUCCGGGGACAUGAUGUUUGUGAGUGGUGAGGCAGUCUCUGCUUACACAUCAGCAAUGAAAUUGAAAAGUGUAUAUCGCAUUUUGUUGCUCUUAAAUUCUCAGACAUUGUUAGUUGUAGACCAUAUCGAGAAGGAGGAAGACUCUCCUGUUAAUUCUGUCAGUGCCUUUUUUCAUAAUCUUGACAUUGAUUUUAAAUACAUACCCUAUAAAUUUAAGAACAAAUACAACGGAGCUAUGAUGGAUGUGUGGGAUGCCCACUACAAGAUGUUUUGGUUUGAUCAUCAUGGGAGUAGUCCUGUUGCUAGGAUACAAGAGGCAGAACAAGCUGCUGAAUUCAAAAAGCGAUGGACUCAGUUUGUAAAUGUUACCUUUCCAAUGAAAAGCAUGCUUGCAAGGAUUGUUUACCUUUUCUAUGGCCCAUAUGUCAAUGUUUCUAACUGCAGGCUCGUUGAUAAUGCAAAGUCUGGAUUUCAGAUUUCACUCAGUGUCAACAACACUGAAAAUACGGUCUUUGUUGUGACUGAACAUCAGAAUUUAAAGACCAGGUUUGAUUACUUGGGAUUUGGUGGUUUUGCCAAAGUAGUUCAUGAAAACAAAGUAACCAAGUUUGGUCUAGGUACUGAAUCUGUGGAAAAACGAAUUAAAAAUAAUAGGGUGGUUUUCCCAUUUGGAUUCAAAGUGAACAUAAUCGCAGGGUUAAUUUUGGGUGUUAGUUUGGUCAUACUGGCUUUUCAGUGGCAGUUUUACAUAUCCUUCAGUAAAAUGUUGCGUUGGAUCCUUAUACUAGUUAUCACAUUGUGGCUUAUUGAAUUGGUGGAUGUGUGGAGCAUGUGUACCCAGCCCAUCUGUGCGAAAUGGAGCAGUGACUUGACAAGGCUAGAACAUGAUAAAGGCAAUAAAGCCAAACAAUUAGAAGGGAACCCCGUUGUUUUGCCAGAUGUUAUAAUUACUUCGCUUCCUGCCUCUGGUGCAGAAAUUUUAAAACAGGUGUUUUUCAAUAGCAGUGACUUCUUAUAUAUGAGGAUACCUACAGCCUAUCUAGAAAUUCCUGAGAGUGAAUUUGAAAUUGAUUCCUUUGUAGAUCCAUGUGAAUGGAAGGCUUCUGAUGUCCAGAAUGGUCAUUUUCAUCUUCUCAGAGGGUGGCUCCAGUCUUUAGUCCGAGACACAAAAUUACAUUUACAAAACAUUCAUUUAUAUGAAGCCAGCAGAAGUAAAAUUACUCAGCAUUCUGCUAUAAGCAAGGACAAAAAGAAGAGAUCGAAAAAGAGAGAAUCUCCAUCAGAGCAAAGAAGCAGGGCAAGAGCAAGUCAAGAUAAAGAUGCUGAAUAUAUUAGGGAAUUGAGAAGACACCUUGUCCAUUAUCCUAAUGCACGACCUGUGCUUAGUUUAAGUAGUGGGAGCUGGACAUUAAAGCUUCCCUUCUUUCAGGAAAUCCUAGGACCAUCAAUGAGAGCAUUAUAUGUAGUAAGAGACCCACGGGCAUGGAUUUAUUCAAUGUUGUACAAAAAUAAGCCAAGUCUUUACUCCUUGAAAAAAGUUCCACAACGCUUGGUUGCGAUGUUCAAAUGGGAAAAUCAUAAAGGAAAAUGUAGUCUAAGUGAAGGCUAUGCCUUUGAAUAUGAAUCAUUAAGAAAAGAACUUUCAAAAUCUAAUUCAAAUGCUGUUUCUGUGUUGUCCUAUUUAUGGCUUGCAAACACAGCAGCAGCAGUGAGAAUAAAUGGCGAUUUGCUGCCAACAAAUUAUCAGAUGGUCAAGUUUGAAGAUAUUGUGAGAUUUCCUCAGAAGAUGGCUGAAACAAUUUUUGCCUUUCUUGGUAUUCCUCUUUCUCCUGCUAGCUUAAACCAAAUAUUAUUUGCCACCUCCACCAGUCUUUUCUAUCUUCCUUAUGAGGGGGAAAUUUCACCAAGUAGCAUUCAUGCCUGGAAACAAAACAUGCCCAAGGAAGAAAUUAGACUGAUUGAAGAUAUUUGUUUUUCUUUAAUGGACCACUUAGGAUACCCAAAGUUUGUAGAAUAAAUGCUGCUGGUCAGCAGAAAUUUGCACUAAUCAUCUCUGACUCCCAAUUGUGGAUAAAUAUUACAGAACUUUGUUUAUUCUUGUAAAAUGUGUACAGUCUGCUACUUUCAGAGAAAUUAUUUUAAGAAAAAGAUAGUUGUUCUUGCAGGUGUUUUUUGUUGUUUCUUUUUUCUUUUUUUAAUAAUAAAUAAAAACAACUUGUAACUACUUUUGCUGCCUUUGGAAAAAACAAACAAAAAAACUGUGUGAACCUUUAUGGAACUACCAGCUGAGGGCUCUAUAGCUCAGGGGAUUAGUAAUGGAAUAUGGAGCUUUUCACCUCCUGCUCACCAGUUUGACCACAGUCCAGGUGCUUAGUUCCCAGAAGUAGUUACUAUCUGAUGAUUGUAUGAAGGUUUACAUGAAAUUAAUCUGGUGGCGUUGGCCCAGUUCCCAGUGGUGAUAAUUUACUCCCUUGGACAGGUUUUCUGAGACAUUCUGUCUCACUGGUCAGUACGGUGGUGCAAAAUAAACACAAGCUGAGGUUUAAGGCUGUUCAGCAUCCCUUCAGUAGGUGAAAACAGCCACAAUAUUUGACUGAAUCUAGUUCCUUAUUUACAGCCUCAACAGGCCCAGGACUGAAAUGGAUAUUGAAUAUCACUGUAUGAUAUGGUUCCUUCAGUUCAGAGACAUGGCACUUACAUUGGGUUUGUCCUUUGACUUCAUUCUCCAUGGCUGACAACAUCACCUUUUGCGAGCCUGAAGUAAACUAUCUGAAGAAAAAGAAAUGGGAUAAAAUUUAAGAAACCAAGAUAUCCCAAACUAACAGUUAAAUAUGGUGGAUUUUUUGUAGCUUUGACCUGCCUCCCUCAACCUGUCUUAAUUUUGAAGGUUGUUAACAUCUUGAUUCCUCACUCUGCUUUAUCAUACACCUCUAAUCUAAGAGGUUCUGGAAGAAUCUUUUCUUUUUGAGUGAGACUUUUCCAUCUUUCUUUGUUGUAAAACAUUUCUCUGCUGAUUCUUGUGCAUAAGUUCACCAAGGCCAGUGCAAAUAUUUGAUGUCAAUGUUAGUGGUCUAUUGUUGAUAUCUGCAUAAAAUGAAAAUCUAAGAUUUAGAAGAUCUUAAAUUAAUCUCCAGGUCUGUGUUCCUGAGGGAGGUUUUGUUUUUCUGUAUGGUGUAUUUCUGAAGGACAACCAUUGCUUACCUCAGAUCUCCUCUCAGAGAGCGGAGAAAUCUGAAACUCGCUCUACUCUCAGCCACUUCAUGUUUGAGUAAUUCCCCACAGUAAAGUAUCUCCAAACUUGUCAUUUUUAUCUGCUAUCAUGUUUUUAUCAUGACUAGCAUUUCUUUAACAUGAUGCUGUAAUAUGAUAUUGAUUUCAAAACAGAUAGGUUUGAUAGGAUAGAUAUGUCUUUGUCAUAGCUUGUUUUCUUUUUGAGUCACAGUUUUGCACAUGCCCAUUAAGCAAAAAGGUUUCCUAAUUUAACUUGCUGAGUAUUCUUUGGAAUGCAUGCAUACUGUAAAUGUCUGCAGAUGUGUAAAUCUGAUCACAAAGAGGCAUCUGUUUCCUUUACGAUCUGUUUUUUAUUACAAAUGGAAUUAAUUGUCUUGAAAUAUACUUCCUUUGGUUUGUGGGAGCUGGGGUUGGAAUUUGGGGUUAUUAUAUUGAAAUAUAUGUGUAAUUUUUGUUUAUUUGGGUAAUAAGCAUUAGGCAAUAUCAAAAGUGUAGUGAGUCUCUUCAUACAGAUUAUAGGUACCAUUCCUGAUUUCUAAUAUAAAGGAGUUCUUGCUUUUCCUUCCAAUCUUACUACUUGUCCCUGUCUUAAUCCCUCUGUCUUGUCCUUCUCAUAUACACGUUUCAUAUCCUUUGGAGCACAUUGUCAUGUCUCAUCAUGACCUAGAUAAAAGUAGGUCUUUCUCUACCAGUCAUUUGUAUAUCAAAAUGGGCCUCUAGUAUGAUAAACCCAUUGAUAUUUUACAGUCUCACUUACCAAAAUUUAAGUGCUGUUUACUAGCAGCAGCAAUUUUUUUCCUCCUUCUAUCCUAAGUCUCACCCCUGGCUGGGUGGAAUGUCAUAUUAAAGGAAAUAUUAAACAGGCUAAUAAACACUGACAUGGUAGUGAAAGUUCAGUUUGCAGCUAUCAUCCUUUCAAAUUAGUUUCUCUCUGAAGCCAUUUUUUAUCAUAC